GCUCCAUCACGCAUUGCUAGCAUUUCACCAUGAUGUCAGAGAAGGCGCGUCUCGCGUCUGGCACACGUGCUACCGCACACCAGCCGGCAGUACAUUCGACCAAACGCCACGCGAUGGGCAGAGUCUUUGCCAUCGCCGCCACAGCUUCGCUCAUCAUCUAUGGAUUGCCCCGUGUGCGUUAUGAGCCCAUACCUGUUCAGCCAAAGGAGAGCGAGGUUUGCCUGACUCCAGCUUGCAUACAUGCCGCAUCUGAAAUUUUGUACAACCUGUCUCCUGAGUACAAGGAGCUUGAUCCAUGUGACGACUUUGAGGAACUUGUUUGCGGUGGAUGGAGGGACCGCCAUGACCUCCGGGCUGACCAGGGCGAUGCCUUCACGGGCACCAUCAUGUCUGAAAACUCGCAGAUGCUGCUGCGCCACAUCCUUGAAGCACCUUACCCCAAGGAAUCAAAGCACUCUUACUUCUCGCCUAUGAAGCUGAAGUCCACUUCGAAAUCGGCAGAUGAGCAAAACUUCGACAAGAUGAAGGCUGCCUACGAUGCUUGUCUCAACGAGGACCAAAUCAAGAGCGUUGGUGUCAAGCCGCUGGUGAGCAUCUUGGAAGAGAUCAAGAAGACGUACCCUGCGGGCGCCUCCGAGUCCCAGAUCAAAGACACUAUUCUCCUUUUGGCCAAGUAUGGCGUCACCGGCCUCGUCUCCACUGGUACAGGUGCUGAUGACACCGACCCUGACACGGUUGUUGUGUCUGUCAGCCCACCCUGGAGCUUUGGACUGCCAUCCAAGGAGCGAUACCAAGAUGAAAAGCUCGUCGAGAAAUAUCGCGAUGUUGCUGUUGAAGUUCUCAAGGCUCUUUACCCGGAUCAGAAUAAAGAUGCGUUCGCGGCCAUCAUUGACCUUGAGAAGAAGCUUGCAGCUGCAUCCCCUAGUACCGAAGACAGAGAAGACGUCACCAAAUCCUACAACCCCAUGCAUAUCGAUGAAGCCGCAGCACUUGUUCCCGAAGUCGAUUUGAAAGCAUUGCUUGCAGCCCAGGCUCCCAAGGAUACCAAGGUUGAGCGAGUCAUCGUUACAAGCCCAAACUACCUCAAGGCCUUGUCCAAAAUCGUGGCUGAGACACCUAAGGAUGUGCUUCAAAGUUACUUCAUCUGGAAAGCUGUCCAGUCCUUCUCUCAUUAUGUUGAGGCGGACGCUAUCAAGCCCUACCAACGCUUUGUCAAUGUGCUAUCUGGCAAGGACCCCGACUCUGCUCCAGAGCGAUGGCGCACAUGCGUCAACCACGUCGACAACGGCCUAGCGUGGAUUCUCAGUCGGUUCUUCGUUGAGAAGGCAUUUUCUGCCAAAGCCAAGGAGUUCGGUGACAUCAUCAUCACGGACAUCAAGACCGAAUUCACCAAAAAGCUCAAGGCGGCUGAUUGGAUGGAUGACGAUACCACCAAGAAGGCCGUCGAGAAGGUUCACAACAUCGUGCAGAAGAUUGGUUACCCAACCAAGAGCCCGGACAUUAUGGACCCGCCUACGCUUGAGCAGUACUACGACACGGUCAAUGUAUCCCCAGAUGCCUUCUUCAAGAAUGCGCUUGCUAUGCGUCGUUUUGGCGUCAAGGAAGAGUGGUCCGCUCUCGGCAAGCCCGUUGAUCGCGACCAAUGGGACAUGAGCGUCCCGACUGUGAAUGCGUACUAUAACCCUCCUGGCAAUGAAAUCGUCUUUCCGGCAGGUAUCAUGCAGUUUCCCGUCUUUGACGUCAACGUCCCUGCAUACAUGUCUUAUGGUGCAUUUGGUUCUGUUGCUGGCCACGAGUUGAGCCACGCAUUCGACAGUACAGGUCGCCACUACGACCAGAAUGGCAACUACACAGACUGGUGGUCCAAGGACACAAUCGAUGCCUUCAACCACAAGGUUCAAUGCUUUGUCGAGCAGUACGCCAACUUCACAGUCCCAGGCCCCGACGACAAGCCCCUCCACGUGAACGGACGUCUCACACUCGGCGAGAAUAUUGCUGAUGCUGGUGGUCUAUCGGCAUCUUUCCAAGCAUGGAAGCGCCGCUCAGCCGAGACACCCAACAAGAACCUCCCUGGCUUGGACCACUUCACCCAAGAGCAGAUGUUUUUCGUCAGCUACAGCAACUGGUGGUGUGGCAAGACGCGCAAGGACACUGCAAUCAACCGCAUCUACACUGAUCCUCAUGCGCCUAAGUGGGCCAGGAUCUUGGGAACAAUGGCAAACUCAAGGGAAUUCAGGGAGAGUUUCCAGUGCAAGGUUAAGGAGCCGACGUGCGAGCUCUGGUAAGUUGGCGAGGGCUGAAUGGUCAAGAAUGGCAAACAGUGCACUUCACGACGACUGGAAUUUAUGACAGACGAUCCGUUACUAUUCUCAUCAAAUGUGCAGGUGCCUUGGCGUUUCGUUUCCUCUUGCAGUCUUUGGUAGUCGUUGUAUUGGUUUAAUAUGAAUCUCAACCUGUGCCCUUUGGCGUGCAGCAUCA